AUGGCGCUGCCUCCUCGAGGUCAUUGGGAUGUGACGUAUCUAAGGGCCAAGUACCCGUGGCUUCGAGUGGAUCAACAAGCUCUAGAGGAGUUCCGCUCCCCCUUCGACUGGGUAUCAGACGAUUCGCGUCACUCGCCAACACGUUCAAAUGACGGUGGAAGUGACGAUAAAGAGCGAAUUCGUGCGCCGCGCCGAAGAAAGACUAAGCUAAAACCUCGAAACAGAAGUGAGGGUCAGCGAAGGCAUCGAGGAAAGAAGCGGGUGAAAGGCAGCGCGAUACAGCGAAACCAUGCCAGACUCUUCCCCCAGCAAGAAACUACCGGCAUUCCGAUGAAUAAUGCCCCAUCGACUGAAGGUUUUGUCAUCCCGCCGCUUGAUUUUUCAGGAGAUGGCUUGCCACUGAUGCCAUUAUUAUCAGCUUCAACACCGAUAAUUCUUCCUGGUCAGAAUAGCCUAGAAGACUCAGAUUCUGUGCUUGAAGUGCUGCAACAAGAUCACGACUCGCUCCUGCAAUUGCGACAGAAGAAGCCGAAAAAGCGCAAGAAGCAGACGAAUCUCCUAACACUGCGGUUUCCGUCUAUUACGCCGAAGUCACUGGGAUCUGUAUGUAGAUCAGGGUCCAUGAAACGGAAUUCAACUCAAACACUGCUCGACAAAUACUCGCAACAAAUAAAGCACCUGACUGAAGAAGAGCACAGACUAGAAGAAAACGUAAUGGCGCGCAUAUCUGAAGAAAAGGCCCGUCUCCCUCUUACGAUCCUCUUCGAGCGCAACCUCAUGCGGCGGUCGGACGCUCAACAAGACGGUCUUCGUAUCGUGACUGCGAUUUUUGCGAAACUCCAGCAUCGAAUCCUCUUCAACAGCUUCCUCCGAUGGAAAGAAUUCCUUGUAGCCGCUCAACACGAAGAAAGGAAACGCGAAGCUCUUCGUCAAGCUCAACAGCGUGCUGUGGCUCUCUUUGAACGAGUCUCCAGCGACGCUCACAUUGGGACACUCGCAAAUGGCUUCGAGCAAUGGAAAAUAGCUACGCACAACAUGAUCCAGCACGAGCGGAACCUCGCCGCCUCUGUCAUUCAGAACGCAGUGCGAGCUCGUCGAUCAAGACAACACUUGGAAUCGCUUCGUCGAGCAGCUCAAGCGCAGGAGUAUCGUCGAAAUCAAGCCAUACAAUCGCUACUUCGCUUCGAACACUACGGUACGAUGAUGAAGUGGAGCACUCUACGAAUUGGCUGUGACUUUACCAAGCAGACGCGUGCUGCACGAAAUAUACAGCUAUUUCUCCGUAGAGUGGCUGUUCGAAGACGUAUUGCUUGUAGAGUAAUGCGACGACAAGGGGCAGUUCGAAUCCAAACGCAGUGGAGAUCACAUCUAGCUCGACUAGAAGUUGAGCGUCGUCGAACAAAACGAGCCAUUCGCUUAGCUAUCGAGUGUAAAGCUGCCGUUCAAAUACAACGAGCAGCACGAGGUUUUCUAGGUCGAAAGAAGGCGUCUCGAAGGAAAAAUUGGCUAACGAAGGCGAAAUUUGCGGUUCUGCGUGUUGAAAUAUGGUGGAGACAGCAGUGGUUUCUAGCAAUGUUAAAUCUAAAAUUUAGAGCACGGAAGAGAUUAAUCGACGACGCUCGAGCUCGUGCUGCAGCGGAGGAAGUCGCACGAUGUCACUGGAGAUCGGUAUUAGCAGUACAGUGUGUGGUACGAGGCCUACUCGCACGGAAAGUGUAUGCUCGAAGGCUAAUAGCUCGUCAAAAGGUACAAGCAGCGGUGUUUCUACAGCGCUUCUGGCGUCGACGUCGUGGCUUAUAUGCAUUGGGUUUACGCUUUGCCGAGCGCCGCGACCGAAUUGCACAAUGUCGCUUGCAAUCUGCUAUCGUUAUCCAGUGCGCAUUCCGUUGUUCUCGGGCGAGAUACCAACGGUAUCUUCUUGUCGAGGAGAAGGAAAUGCGACGAAGAGCUUCGACUGCAAUUCAACGUCAUGUGCGCGGAAAAAGAGCUCGAAAUCUCUACCGACAAGCUCGACACGCGACGUUAGUUAUUCAAUGCAGUAUUCGCUGUGCUUUGGCGCGACGUCGACAUGCUCGACGACAAGCAGCAGUUCACACACUUCAGCAUUGGAUCAAAGGCGUGUACUCUUGUCGAGCUGCUCGUCACAUUCUCGAUCGAUUGCGAGUCGAAGCACAGCGACGAGAAGCGUCUAUUAUCUUCAUUCAGAAGCUAGUUCGUCAGCGCGAAGCUCAACAAACUGCUCGUUUGUUUCGUGAAGCUCUGAACAUUGUGAAGAUCGAACAACAGAGAUACUUUGGCAGCGACAGUGACGGUGUCGGCUGGACAACGCACCAGGCUUCGUCAGAGUUGUUAACAUAUGUGACUCAGCGAUUUCUCGAGGAUGAUUCUUGCUUUACAACCAAAGAGUUACGAUGGUUACGCGCUCAAGUUCAGGCUGGAUACGAACGUUUGGCUCGGGAAGAUCGCGCUGCUGUGUAUCUGCAGCGUCGAUAUCGAGGUUACGUCGCUCGAAUGGGUUACUGGGUCUAUCGACUGCAAAUGGAGGAACUACGUCGUCUUAAGGAGAAGAAAGCGAUUGUGAUUCAAAGUAAAGCAAGACGAUGGCUGGCUAAACGGUAUGUACGUCAUGUACGUGAACAGCGAAGGUUGGCUGAGCUCAAGGAGGAAUAUAUUCGAGAACGCAAGCGCAAGGAGGAGGAACGAGUCUGGAAAGAACGGUAUGAUCGAGAGCAGAUGGAGCUAUGUGUGCAGCGAGCACAAGAAGCUGCAAACCAGAUUCGAGAAGCCCGAAGAGAAGCGGAUCUGGCUCGAGUAAAGGCUGAAGCAGCUGAAUAUCGUGCGAAGGAACUAGCUGCGGAACGUGAGAUUGAAGGAAUGUUGAAGAAUCCCGUGAUUAAAGAGAAUGAUGACAAGAAAGAAGAGAAUAAAGAAAGAGACGAAAAGGAUCCAUGGAUUACACUCAAAGAUGAUUAUGGUAAUGUCUACUAUUACAACGAGAGUACGGGGGAAAGUAGCUGGGAUCCUCCUCCAAAGAGACCAAAGACGCCAGAAAAGAACACAGAUGAUAUCUCGAUAGAGCAAGAGAGUCCAAAAGAAACAAAAGUGGAAGAGAUUGACCCACUCGAGGAAGUUCUCCGCGAGGGAAAGUGUAUCAAAUGUCAGCAAGAUCAAUCGACAAAACGAUGUUUGGACUGUGAAGAUAACAAACGAGCGUUCUAUUGCACCUCGUGUUUCAAACAUCAUACUAGUUCGAGUGAAGAAAGCACGGUUUUAAACGAGGUUAAGCACGACUUCGAGGUCCUUCCUGAAGCUGCAAUAAUGCCUGCGCGAUGUGAGUCUGGGAUGGAAUGUUUAGUAGACGAAGACUACCCACCGAAGGUCUCAAAUAACCAAGAGCCAUUACAGAAGAAUCUAGCUGCAUACUACUGCUACGACUGUCCUACUAUGACAACAUCAGGCUGCUUCUACUGCGAAUCGUGCUUCGCUCGUGAUCAUCAGACAGCCAAGAAGCUUCGACAUGUGGAGAAGGCGCUACGAUUCCGUCGAGGAGCUCUGUUAUGUUGUGAUUGUGGUCAUUCUCUAGCUGUCCGACAGUGUGAGUCUUGUGGGGGUGACAAGUUCUGUGAAGCGUGUUAUACCUUGUCACAUACAGGAAGUCAACGUCGCAGUAUGAACCACACUUGGGCAGCAUUGGAUGUGCUUCGAGAUCUACUGGAGACGGAGACAGACACUUAUUGUGUGGAAUGUGACGUCCGUGCUAGCUCUAGACUCUGUAAUCUUUGUGGAGAUGGUUUGUGUGACGGAUGUUUUGACAGAACUCACGCUAAAGGCGCUAAACGUCGACAUACCUGGUUGCCGUGGUCUGUUGCAGCUCAAACGGGCGACUGGAUCGAGAUCAAGGACGAGAAAACUACAAUUUUCUACAACGUCGAAACGAAAGAGUCAACAACCGAGAAACCUAAAGUUCUGCUCUCCGGUGAAGAGCGACAUCGACUUGUGCUCGCUGAACGUGAGCAGCUACAACGUCGUCGACAAGUUGAGCUUGAAAGUGAAGUGGUUAAACUCAAAGAGCAACUGCGCGAGCUCCAAAAUCGGCCGGAAAGUCGAAGUCAAAGUCCAGAAAGGAGCGUCGAUACUAAUCCCAGUAAAUAUCCACCAAAACGUGGUGUUCUAAGUAGAAUGUUCAGUCGGAAGGCUACCCCUGGAACACAACAACGAGUUGAAGAUCUUACGAAUCCAGUACAAGCUGGAAAACAACUGGUUAGUUCGACUGGACAAGUGUCGACGCAGGUGGGAGGACUUCCAAGAGCCAACGAACCACGACGGCUGUAGCAGUGUCCAUGAAGCUAUUUGGCAGAACAAGCAGUGAAGAAGGUGACGCAUGAAGCUAAUGGAGAAGGCGCUCACGCUCUCGUUCAAUCAUCAAGGGAUUGACCAACAGUGGAUGCAAGGCCAAUUUUUGGAACCGAGA